UUACUCAAGACAUAAAAUCAGAGAUAUGAAAAAAUGGAUCCUUAUCUCAGUCCUAUUAGGAAUCUGCUCUGCAAUGCCGCUGAUGAGACAAUUGGCAGGACCAAACGGGGCAAGUGUACUCCCGCAGUACGCUCAGCCUUAUAGCUAUGCAGAUCCGUUUAAUACAAUGUGGAUGCACAACUUUCUUCCGUCACAUUCAUCUUACUUUUGGAUAAGGGGAGGACCUCAGCAACAUGAAACUCAACAGUAUGAAUACAGCAUGCCUGUGCACCCUCCUCCACUGCCAUCUCAGCAGACACCCAUUCUGCUUCAGCAGCCUGGACUGCAAGAGCAACCUCUCUUCCAGCUCGUGAAUCUCAUUCCUACAAGGCAAGUCCAACUCCAGCAGUACGAUGUGCAGCCACCAUUCCAGCAGAAGCCAUUUCUGCUGCCAGAGGGAAACCAGCCAGUUGUUCCACAGCAGCCACCGUCAGAGAGACAAACUCAGCAGAUACAGUUACCGGCUAUACAAGAAUACUCAGGGGCAUUAGGUCAGGGAAUGCAACCCAGUUUGCGUUACAUGCCUUACAUAGCCAACCAAGGAGUGGCUCCUGCCAGACUAGGAAUAGUAAGCUCAGAAGAAAUGCAGGGUGGUGGAUUUGGAGCACCAGCCUUUAGCGCACCGGGCCCAAACCUGUUCGCCAUGGAUGCUAGAUAUGGAAACAUGCAACCAAACCUCGGCGGGCCAGGUGAUUACACUGUUGAAGACGACCAGCUUGGAAUAACAGAGCAGCCUGAAGUUCAAGGAGGAGCCAACGCAGGAGCUAACCCUUCUGGCAAGGGGACCAAUAUCAUCUCCCUAGAUGGCAGCCAGGGUGGUGCCUUGCCAAAUGCCAAUGGCAACCUGCUAAACCCCGCGGCCCAGAGCAAAGGACCAGCAGGUGUACCCCAGGCCACAGCAGUCCCUCCGGCAGCAGAAGGGUUCCCUGAAAGCUUCAUGCCUUUUAACGCUGACGCUGCCAUGCCCUUGGAUCCCACCAUGUUCCCCGACACCGUAUCCACAGCCAAUGCAGGAAAUGAAGCUGGGUACCCACAAGUAGGUCAAGAUAUGUGGCAUUUCCAAGAGCCUUGAGUGCCCUUAAGGAACGCAUGCCCUCAUGUGCUCUGCAGGUAUUUCCUGUGCUUGAUGCAUUGGCUUAGGAGGACUAUUAAUCUUCUACACAAUGAGCACCAAAGCAUUAAAUGUGCUAAUCAAUGUAUGCAGCUUGUGGCAGUGAUGGCGUAAUUCCCCCCCCCCCCAUGUCUUACAUUUCACGUCUGGAAAAGCAACGGAGGUGCCAGAUGAUUAAUGGCUACAAAAAUGAAUUCUGUUUCUGCUGGCAAUCGCGGAGGUUCCCUUCCCUUUUGUUUAUGCCACUUUAGCUUUCAUAUGCUUUAAGCCCUUGCCUGAUUGAUAUUUUAAACAAUGAUUAUUAUUUAUGAAACCUUUGGCAUUAGAAACCAGAAAUGCACUCAAGAUUUAUAAGCAGUCGCGUGUUAAUCUGGAGUCUUACGGUUGGCGUGUGUCUCUGAUUCUGAUUAGAUGGCUCAGUGUGUUGCAUUGAUUUAUGUAGGCAGCAUGUAAUAAACUUUUAUUUAGCCAUA